AUGAUAAGGAUAAUACCCGGACGGUACGCCAGUGUGGUGUGUAGGAAAUAUGCAUUUCUGAGAUUUUACUCUUCCAAUAGUCCAACUCCUCCGCAAUACAAAAAAGGUGGAAAUAUACUUGCAAACUCAUUAAGAUAUGUUAGACAAGUUGACGAAUACCAAAAGCAGCUUGAAAAAGCCCCCAGUCAUAAUAAGGUUGUAGAGCUAAUGGAUAAGAUAGAGAAUCAACCAGAAUUGUUGUUUAUUUUGGCUACAUUUCACUACGAAUUAUCAAGAAUCGGGAUUGGCCGGUCCAAUGAUCCAAAGACCAGAUCGAAAUUGUUGUGGAAAUACAGAUUUAAUUACAUAUUGAAAUAUUCCAAGCUUCAUAAUAUAUUCUGGGAACAAUGCAGAUAUGCCAAUAUAUCACAACAUACGCAUGUAUUAGGUUUCAAUCCGCAAGACAUUGGGUUGUUGGAUCCGUGCAAUUUUUCUGAACAGACAUACAAUGAGUUACAAUCAGGCAAAUACAAAGACAUGGCAUUUAAAGAUGUCGAAAUUAUUACGUUUUCAAGACCCCCUUUUAAAUAA